GUACCGCCCCCGGGGCGGGCCCAGUGCGUGGCAGCCGGACCGCUGGCAGUGUCGCGAAGUUUCCAGCCCUGAGAGCCGCGCCGAGCCGCCCGAACGUCCCAGGACCACGCCAUGAGGCCCCUGCUGCUCCUGGCCCCACUGGGCUGGCUGCUCCUGGCGGAAGCGAAGGGCGACGCCCAGCCGGAGGACAACCUCUUAGUUCUCACAGUGGCCACCAAGGAGACUGAGGGAUUCCGACGUUUCAAGCGCUCAGCCCAGUUCUUCAACUACAAGAUCCAGGCGCUUGGCCUAGGGGAGGACUGGAACGGUGGGCAGGAGACACCGGCAGGUGGUGGGCAGAAGGUUCGGCUGCUGAAGAAAGUUCUGGAGAAGCAUACAGACAAGGAGAACUUGGUCAUUCUCUUCACAGACAGCUAUGAUGUGGUGUUUGCAUCAGGGCCCCGGGAGCUCCUCAAGAAGUUCCGGCAGGCCAAGAGCCAGGUGGUCUUCUCAGCCGAGGAGCUCAUCUACCCGGACCGGAGGCUGGAGGCCAAGUACCCAGUGGUGUCUGAUGGCAAGAGGUUCCUGGGCUCUGGAGGCUUCAUCGGUUAUGCCCCCAAUCUCAACAAACUGGUGUCCGAGUGGGAGGGCCGGGACAGCGACAGCGACCAGCUCUUUUAUACCAAGAUCUUCUUAGACCCGGAGAAGAGGGAACGGAUUAAUAUCACCCUGGAUCACCGCUGCCGAAUCUUCCAGAACCUGGAUGGAGCCUUGGAUGAGGUGGUGCUCAAGUUUGAAAUGGGACACGUGAGAGCACGGAACCUGGCCUAUGACACUCUCCCAGUCCUGAUUCAUGGAAACGGGCCUACCAAGCUGCAGCUAAACUACCUGGGCAAUUACAUCCCACGCUUCUGGACCUUUGAGACGGGCUGCACCGUGUGUGACGAGGGCCUGCGCCGCCUCAAGGGCAUCAGGGAUGAAGCUCUGCCCGUAGUCCUGGUCGGUGUUUUCAUUGAGCAGCCCACGCCGUUCCUAUCACUCUUCUUCCAGCGGCUCCUCCGCCUCCACUACCCCCAGAAACAGAUGCUGCUUUUUAUCCACAACCACGAGCAACACCACAAGGCCCAGGUGGAGCAGUUCCUGGAAGAGCAUGGCAGCAAGUACCAGUCCAUGAAGCUGGUGGGCCCUGAGAUCCGGAUGGCCAAUGCUGACGCCAGGAACAUGGGCGCAGACCUGUGCCGGCAGGACCGGAGCUGCACCUACUACUUCAGCGUGGAUGCCAACGUGGCCCUGACCGAGCCUGACACCCUGAGGCUGCUGAUUGAGCAGAACAAGAACGUCAUUGCCCCCUUGGUGACCCGCCAGGGGAGGUUGUGGUCGAACUUCUGGGGGGCGCUAAGUGCAGAUGGCUACUACGCCCGCUCUGAGGACUACGUGGACAUUGUGCAGGGUCGGCGUGUUGGUGUCUGGAAUGUGCCCUACAUAUCAAACAUCUACUUGAUCAAAGGCAGUGCACUGAGGGCUGAACUGCAGCAGAAAGACCUGUUCCACCACAGGAAGCUGGACUCUGACAUGUCCUUUUGUGCUAACAUUCGACAGCAGGACGUGUUCAUGUUCCUGACCAACCGGCAUACCUUUGGCCACCUGCUCUCCCUGGACAGCUACCAGACCACCCACCUCCAUAACGACCUCUGGGAGGUGUUCAGCAACCCCGAGGACUGGAAGGAGAAGUAUAUCCACGAGAACUACACCAAGGCCCUGGAGGGGAAACUGGUAGAGACGCCUUGCCCAGAUGUCUACUGGUUCCCCAUCUUCACGGAGGCGGCCUGCGACGAGCUGGUGGAGGAGAUGGAACACUAUGGCCAGUGGUCUCUGGGUGAUAACAAGGACAACCGCAUCCAGGGUGGCUAUGAAAAUGUGCCGACCAUUGACAUCCACAUGAACCAGAUCAGCUUUGAGCGGGAGUGGCACAAGUUCCUGGUGGAGUACAUCGCCCCCAUGACAGAGAAGCUCUACCCCGGCUACUACACCAGGGCCCAAUUUGACCUGGCCUUCGUAGUCCGCUACAAGCCUGACGAGCAGCCCUCGCUGAUGCCACACCAUGAUGCUUCCACCUUCACCAUCAACAUUGCCCUAAACCGGGUGGGAGUGGAUUACGAAGGCGGGGGCUGUCGGUUCCUGCGCUACAACUGCUCCAUCCGUGCCCCGCGGAAGGGCUGGACCCUCUUGCAUCCUGGGAGGCUCACGCACUACCACGAAGGGCUCCCCACCACCAAGGGCACCCGUUAUAUUGCAGUCUCCUUCGUCGACCCCUAACUG